AUGGCAGCUCCGGGACUGGAAGUGAUGCAAUCGGCGUCGCUCCCCGUACUAUUCAGCGGGGACAAGACCAGCCAACGGAUGUUCGAUGGUAUCUUCCCCAGCUUUCCGCUGACACCCGAGAUGCCAGUUCCAGACCCGCAGAAGGAGCAGUGGUGCCCGGGAAACAUGGCGGGGGAUUCGGGGGGGUGGCAGGAGCAGAGUAGCCGAAUAGCUGCGAGUGCUAACGUGCCCCUUUCCUCCUUCAGGCUAGGUUGUCACAUCUGCCCGACACCCAGGACGCGCUCUCUGGAGGUUGUGUCAUGGCCAAUAGACCGCCAUCUUCAGACAUCUAAGGAAUGGCAGUAUUCCAAAGGACUCAGCUCUGAGAUUAGUUAUUUUGGGCAAACUGCCACCUUAAAUGAUUGUCUAUACAGGAACAUGUACACAAGUAAAUUUGUUCUCCUCAAUGACAUUGAUGAAAUUAUUCUUCCGGUCAAGGACUGGGACUGGUCAUCACUGAUGGAGAGUCUUCAGAAUGAACAUCCAGAUACAAGUGUCUUCUGCAUAGAGAAUCACGGCUUCCCUACUUCCAUCAACGUCUCUGGAUUUGACCUGUGGCCUCAUCUUCCCGGGGUCAAUAUUCUCCACCAUAGCUUCCGAGAACCUAUUAAUCGGAAAUUAUUCAAUGGCCGCAAAAUGAUUGUGAACCCCAUAGACGUAUUUCAGACCUCCAUCCACUCCGCUCUGAAGCACAGAGGAGAAUGGAAGAAUGUGGAACAAGAUAUGGCCAUCACCUUCCAUUGUACGCAGAAACGGAGUAGAGACAUCCCCACAGAGAAACUCAUUCCAGAUAAUAUACUGAGGAGACACAAUGUGUCCUUAGUGCCUAAUGUAAAUAAGGUGAUUCAGAGACUUUUCCCUCAGCAAUAGCUCCAACUAUCUAUCCUGAAAUGUAGAAGGAGAACUGGAAUUCUGUGUGGACACGAUUCAGAA